AUGUGGAAUCAGAGGUUUGUGUUAACAAUACUAAUACUCCUUCCAUCUUAUGGAAGAGCUAAAGCAGACACCAAGAAGUGCUCUAGCAAAGAGUCAUUUCUUGUUCCACAUGAGUGGUACCAGCCUGGCAAGUUCCUGAUUGGUGGGAUAGUUUCUCAUAUCAUAAAUGUAUAUUUCCAGUAUACUUUUGAUGAUGCUCCAUCUAAGAAACUCAAUGAUGACCUUCCUCUUAUGUUGCCAAAGUUCUACCAACACCUCCUGGCACUGGCCUUUGCUGUGAAUAAGAUCAACCAGGAUCCAAUGAUCUUGUCGAAUGUCACCCUUGGCUUCCACAUUUAUGACAGUCAUUUUGAUUCAAGGAUGACCUAUCGUAUCACUUUGGAUUUGCUUUUUAAGUCACAGGCAUUUCUCCCCAAUUACAAAUGUGAUCUUCACAUAAAAAAUAUAGCACUCGUUGGGGGAAUCAGCCCUGACAUCUCCUCCUAUGUGGCAGACAUCUUAAGUCUGUACAAGAUUCCACAGCUCACAUAUGGAUCAUUUCCUAUGCAAAGAAGCAAUAUGGGGGAGACCUCUUCAUUUUACCAUACAGUCUCCAAUGAAGGCCAUCAAUAUACAGGCAUUAUCUAUUUACUUAAACAUUUUGGGUGGAUCUGGGUUGGACUUUUGGUUGGAGAUGACCAAAGCGGAGAAUGUUUCUUGAAAAAGCUGGAGUCCUUAUUUCUCCAGAAUAAAAUUUGUUCAGCCUUUGUUCAAAGAAUGCCAGUUGACAGCCGAUUCCCUGAACUUGGUGAACUGAACACCAUUUCUGCAAAUAUUAAAGAGUUCUACUCAGAUCUGAAAGUUAAUGUCCUUGUUGUCUAUGGUGAAACGCUAGUUAUAAUGUGGCUAAGCACAGCGCUAUUUUUCGCAGCUGUUAACUAUACUGAAAAGGUGUGGAUUAUGACAGGCCAGAUUGACUUUGCUUCAACCGUCCUUUCAAGGGACUGGAAAUACGAGAUAUUCCAAGGUGCCCUUAUUUUUGCAAUCCACUCCACUGAGCAUGAAGAGUUUCAGGUCUACCUUCAGAAUAUAAAACCAGCCAAGGCACAUCUUGAUGAUUUUUUCAAGGAAUUCUGGGCACAAGCCUUUGGUUGUUCUGUUCCAGAUCCUAAGGACCUAACAGAGGCUCACAACUUUUGUACUGGGACAGAAUCCCUGAGGGAUCUUCCAGGUAUGCUGUUUGAGAUGGUCAUGACUGGCCAUAGUUACAGCAUCUACAAUGCAGUCUUUGCUGUGGCCCAUGCGUUACACAACCUGGAUUUAUCUCAACAAAAAAAUAAAGCAGUCAGGAUGACAAGAUAUCUUGAAGAGAUAAACCCUUGGCAGCUCCACCAUUUCCUUCAGACCCUUUCAUUCAACAACACAAAUGGAGAAAUGGUGUCCUUUAAUGAGAAUAAGGAGAUGGGAUCCGGAUUUGAUAUAAUAAACAUGCUUAUUUUCUCUAAUAACUCUUUUCAUAAAGUAAAAGUUGGAAGGAUGGGGACCAAGGAUUCUCAAGGAAAGAAAUUCAACAUUGAGGAUGACAAGAUUAAAUGGCAUGGAAACGCUAACAAAAUCCAUCCCCUUUCCUUGUGUAAUCCUUAUUGCCAGCCUGGUUAUGAAAAGAAAAAAAAAGAAGGAAAUAAAUUUUGCUGCUAUGAUUGCAUUCAGUGUCCAGAAGGGAAGAUUUCCAAUGAAAGAGAUACAGAAGAUUGCUUCAAAUGUCCAUCUGAUCAGUAUCCAAACCAGAGACAAGAUGAAUGUUUGCCCAAAAUUGUAGUUUUUUUGUCUUAUGAAGAACCUUUGGGCAUCUCCUUAGUCACAAGUGCCAUCUUCUUCUUCUCAAUCACAAUUUUGGUAUUAAAAAUAUUCCACCUGCACAAAGAUAGUCCCAUAGUCAAAGCCAAUAAUCGGGACCUCAGCUAUGCUCUCCUGAUCUCUCUUUUGCUCUGCUUCCUUUCACCUUUCCUAUUUAUUGGUAAACCUGGGGUGAUGACCUGCUUUCUUCGGCAACCAGCCUUUGGUAUCAUCUUCUCACUGGCUGUUUCCUGUGUGUUAGCUAAAACCAUCACUGUGGUGGUAGCUUUCAUGGCCACCAAGCCAGGAUCCAGUAUGAGGAAGUGGAUGGGAAAGAGGCUUACAUAUUUUAUUGUCCUUUCCAGCUCUCUAAUCCCAGUAGGCAUGUGUGCUAUAUGGCUAACAAUCUCUCCCCCAUUCCCCAAUUUGGACAUGGACAUGCUGACCACUGAGAUAGUAGCAGAGUGUAAGGAAGGUUCUGUCACUAUGUUUUAUCUUGUCUUAGGCUACAUGGGACUUCUGUCCAUCAUCAGUUUCAGUGUUGCUUUUCUAGCUAGGAAGUUGCCUGAUAAUUUCAAUGAAGCCAAAUUCAUCACCUUCAGCAUGCUGGUAUUUACCAGUGUUUGGUUGUCCUUUGUUCCAACCUAUCUGAGCACCAAGGGAAAAUAUAUGGUAGCUGUGGAGAUCUUUUCCAUCUUGGCCUCAAGUGCUGGGCUUUUGGGAUGCAUAUUUUUCCCUAAAUGUUUCAUAAUUGUGCUGAGGCCUGAACUGAACAACAAGGAUCACCUCAUGAGAAGAAAGCAAAUGCAAAAAUAA